AUGUCCCGUCAGCACGAAGCGAUUGGGACCGGCGAACGACGACGACACGAAUACCGUUUUACGGGUGUCUGGGUGCCCUCCUCUCGGGGGUGGCUAAUGAGACACGGAGACGAAAGGAGAAAAAAAUCACCGAAAAUGAAAACGAAAAAUUCGAAUGACGACUUCAGCAGUCUUAUAAUAGUAUAUGAACACGAGGAACGGCUCGGAGAAAAGAGUUUUCCCGGGAUUCUGCGAACGACUGGAACCACACGAGUAAAAAUUAUACAACACUGCGCGGUGAUACAAUCAGAGAUGAACGCACCCCAGUCCGGCGGAGCAGAACGACUGAUCGUGAAUGCGCGACAUCUCGAGCCGCAGGAAAACCGCCGUCCUCGUGGACCAGGAAAAAAAAUCAUCUCCGUCCGACGAGGAGGAGGAGGAUUCCCCGGCCAAGCCCCGCCCUCCGGCCGCCCACCGCCGCGCGUCACCGUCACCGGGCCGCGGUAUCGUCGGCGCGCGCGCGACAGAGACGGGACGACGUGA